CGCCGCCGUUGACGGCGGUGACGACGAUUGGCAGCACUGAUAACGUGCCGGCGUGUAAUCGGGCGUGAAACUCGACGGGAUGGUCGCCGAGACGACUGACGUAUACAGGAUGAGCGUCGCGACUUGAUCCGUCCGGCUGUGUUGUGUUCUCUUUCUUUUUUUCUUCUUCUUUUUUCUCUCUUCCUCCUCCUCCUCGUCUCGUCUGGUGAAGGAGCGGGCGUGCACGACGCGACGGCGACGGUGACGACGACGACGACUGAGACCGGAGAAGUGCGACAACGGAAAGGGCGCGGGGCGGCGAGAGAGCGCGAGGUCGCGCUCCAAGAUGAGCCUCAGCAUAACCAAGUUCUUCUCGAAGAAGCGGAGCUGCCCGCCCGACACCGUGGCGGAGAUCGGCCUGCCCACCAAUGUCUCGCAUCAGUUCCACGUGAGCAAAAACGCGGUGACCGGGCAGCUGGAGGGUCUGCCGGACCCGUGGAUACGUUUGCUCAACGCACAGCUCUCCAAGUCCGAGCAGGAUGAGCAUCCGGCCGCGGCGUUGCAGGCCAUCAAGUUCUACAACUACUCCAUCAAGCGUAAGCCGCAGGAGGAGGUGUUCAAGCCCUUCGUCACGCAGGACCUGAUCGAAGAGGAGUCGCAGGAGAUCGACAACAUCCUCACGAAGAAGUAUCAGUCCGGCUCAGGCGAGUCCGACGAUAGCGCGGGCUUGGAGUGUCAGAUAACAACGGCGACGACCAUGGUCACGACCACGACUGCGACCAAUGCGCCCAACAAGAGCAAGAGGUUACCCGAGCUACCGCCGAAGCUGAACAAACCGGUGGUGGCGAAGGUAAACAAAGCGCCGAAACCGACGCCGCGCCGGUGUACCGACAGAGUGGAGAAGAGCCUCACCGAGAUCCUCGAGGACCUGCAGACCUUCACGACUGCCGACGACGACUCGUUGUUGUUGACCGAGAACGACUGCGAAGCGGAGGACAACUACGUGCUGUACCCUGCGGCAAGAGAAGAGGAAGACAACACGCCGCGCUGCACGUUGGAGGAGAGUCCGAUCCUGCGGAGGAAGACCGACGAGCAAGCGAAGCUCAACGACCUUGCCAAGCUCAACGACGAGCAAGUGUACGAGGAACUCAGGGCCAUCUGUCACAACGGUGACCCCAACUUGCGCUUCGAGAGGACCAAGGAGGUGGGAGCGGGUGCUUCCGGCACUGUGUUUAUAGCCACCGACCUCCAGCACGAUCAGAAGGUGGCCAUCAAGGACAUCGAUUUGUCGAAGCAGCCCAAGAAGGAACUGAUACUGACCGAGAUCAAGGUGCUCAAAGAGUUCCAGCAUCCCAACCUGGUGAACUUCCUGGACGCCUACCUGCUGGACGAGCACCUCUGGGUUGUCAUGGAACUUCUGGAGGGUGGGCCGCUCACGGAUGUGGUGACAGAGACUGUAAUGAAAGAGGCGCAGAUCGCGGCCGUAUGCAGGGAGGUGCUCAAGGCGAUAAACUUCUUGCACACCAGGGGCAUCAUCCACAGGGACAUCAAGUCGGACAACGUGCUGUUGGGGAUGAACGGCGCGGUCAAGGUCACGGACUUUGGCUUCUGCGCCAAUAUCAAGGACGACGAGAAGCGGCAGACGAUGGUCGGCACGCCGUAUUGGAUGGCGCCUGAGGUCGUCACCAGAAAGCAGUACGGCAAGAAGGUGGACAUCUGGUCGUUGGGCAUCAUGGCCAUCGAGAUGAUCGAAGGGGAGCCACCGUACAUGAAGGAGACGCCGUUGCGAGCGUUAUACCUGAUCGCCGCCAUAGGCAAGCCGGCUGUACCUAGGUGGAACAGCUUGAGUCCGAUGUUCCAGAAUUUCCUGGAAAGGUGCUUGGCCGUCGAGGUGCACGAAAGAGCGACCGCCGACGAGCUGCUGUCUCAUCCAUUCCUGGACAACUGCGCGGAACUGACCACGCUCACACCGCUGAUCCGCGCGGCGCAGAGAAUCCUGCAGAAAGUGUUCCACUGAGCAGUCUUCUUCUCCGGGGGAAUCGGCCGCGUUUCCUUCCUUCCUUCCUUCGCGCCCGCGCCGUCCCUCUGCGCCAGCAUGAGUGCGACCUGGAAGGCGAUACGAAGAAGAGCUCACCCGACUGCCCUGACUUUGAUCAAUUUUCUCCCAACUGUGCUGGUUCAACGAUGUUCAUGAAACCAAAGCGUUGUGCGCACUUUGCAGUGUACGUAUGUGUGUGUGUAUGUGUGACAGAGAGAGAGAGAGAGAGAGAGAGAGAGAGAGAGAGAGAGAGAGAGAGAGAGAGAGAGAGAGAAUGUGUGUGUGUAUCUGUGUUAGUCGCCUUAUUUUAUACGAGAGACGUUUUGUCCCCGAGACAGAGUGUCAACAAAUAGUUGUCCCUGAGUCGUGUUACUUAAUUAUAUCGUGCUGCAAGCCAACAAUUGCAAGCUGCUACCACGUGCGGCUGCAGCCAGUCUCGACUCCAGAGACGAGUCAUUUGUAUUUUAUGUCAUGUGUAAUAACGACUUGCUGUUUCACUAAGGACCUUACAUAGCUCAAUGAUAAGUGCGCAGCCUGCCGCUCGAGAGUUGGAUAUUCCUCGAGGGACAGGCGUAGAACGUUUCAGCUGUAAAUACUAGGACGCAUUUUUUACAUCUUUCUUCGGGAGAAGAGUAAGAUACAUAUAUAUACGUACCAAGUACCACGUAACUUUACAACUGGCCAUGCAAAGUUGUAAAUAGUUUCUAACGAAUUGUACUUAGGCCAUCGAAUAUAAGAGAGAGAGAGAGAGAGAGAGAGAAAAAGAAUGUUUGAAAAUCGAUGCGGUGUGCAAGCUCCGAGUUUCGACGCACGAUUCACUGGAUUCGCACUUCACUUUUCUCAAGAAAAGGAAAAAGCUGAACGGUAUGUGGGAUACAAUCGAGACAUCCGAUAAUGCAUUUUUUACAGAUAUAAGUUGAUCGUUGGAUAUAGCAUGUAAGAAAUUGUUAGUCUUACACGAAGCUACUUUCAGAAAAUUCUGUUCUUUGUGCGCGCGCAUGGAAUUGAGCCGUCGUUUGAUAACGCACGAGACAAUACAUUGAAAAUGAAGUAUUAUGAAUGGAGUAUUAUGUCACUGCACUGUAUUAUGUCGCACUCAUAAUACUUGAUUACGAUCCUUGUAAAUUUAUUCACAGGGAAACAUUCGCCGAUCGCGAACGGGUCUCGCAUUUCUUGUGAAAGGCAGUAGAAAAUGAAAAAUGCGUAUUCUUUCUGACAUCGCUUUCUCGCAGGAUCAAGAGUUGAAGAAAGCCCUCGGUUGAAAUUCUGUAAAAUCGAUCCUCGAGACCACGAGAUACAUGAAGAAACAUUUUGGAACAAAAGUUCCACCAUAGCCUUUGAUGCUCUUUACGAUAUUGCGCAUUCAAUUUUUUUGUAAAUGUUAUUCUAAUUUAUCCUCAACUUUUUCAUUUUUAUCUUCGGUAAGGAAAGUGAAUAAUUUAAUCUGUUGAUAUCUACUUAAAAUUGAUCGACCAUUUUUAACCUAUCUCUUUUUGAUCAUCGAAAACAAGCACAUGCGAAAGAAUACGUGUCUUUGAUUUUGAGCUGCUCAGAUUUAAGUCCAACUGAAACUCCCGUCAAAAUCGGCCGUGGCUAUUUCCACGUGUUUUUUGUGAGAUGCGCGUAUAGAGCGAUAUUUGUAGUUUGACCUUAUGUUUAAGGACGUCCAACUCGUCACGUUAAGGACGAAAUCCUCGUCCAAACCCUUUGACGAUAUUGAAGAUAAGAUCAGGCUAUGAAUGUAGCUCGCAAUUUUGUAAGACUUUUAUGACGAAUUUUAUAACGUAUAUACCUUUUCGAAUCGCUUUUAAAUCGUAUUUCACAAAGGGCACGAUAUUGCUCAACCAAAUAUUGUAUUCGUUUAGCUAUUUUAUAACGGACGUAUAUAUAAAUGUCUAACAGCAUUCAUUAGCAGACGCUCGAUUUUGCGUAAUAAGAUUAGAUUAUCGAGAGGAACGAUUAUCUAUGUAGAUAAAUACGUCGUAGGAUAAUUCUUCGAGCAGUAAUAUCAAGUAAUACCUAAAGUCACGGACUGUGAUAAGAGAGUUAAGUUACUUCUACUACCACAAUUUAAGUCCUAGCAUAUUUCAUUACAAAUUAUCACAUAAUGAAACUAGCAAAUUACAGCGACAGCGGGGUUGAGAGAAACGAUUAUCGCUAUGACAAUGAAUAUUGAUUUUCUGCGUAUAGCGCGUAAAAUGUGUGUAUGUGUGUAUGCAUGCAUGUUGAUAACUUGAGAUGCAUCUAAACGAUCUAAGCGAUCGUGAAACUUUUCAAUAAAAAGAAGAACAUGUUCGCAUUUGUCAAUGUUAAUGUACGUAAGAUGCGCUCGAGGACUUAAAACGGUGCGAUAAAGAUCAGAAAAGAGAAUUCUAAUAAAUUGUGCCUUAUCGAA